GCACAGGCUUCACUCUCAGUGCUUUUACAAUCUUGACUUGUCAUCUGGAUGUAUGUAUGGCAGCAUAGACAUGAGCUCGCUCCUCAACGCAGGUAUCCAGACUCUGUUCAGGAGAAGCAGCCACCCGUUAGUCCAAUGAAUAACCGGAAGGAAGACAUGGAGAUCACGUCGCACUACCGGCAGCUCCUGCGGGAGCUGAACGAGCAGCGGCAGCACGGCAUCCUGUGCGACGUGUGUGUGAUCGUGGAGGGCAAGAUCUUCAAGGCACACAAGAACGUGUUGCUGGGCAGCAGCCGCUACUUCAAGACACUUUAUUGCCAGGUGAAGAAGGUUUCAGAGCAGCAGGCCACCAUCACGCACCUGGACAUAGUCACGGCCCAAGGUUUCAAGACCAUCCUUGACUUCAUGUACUCUGCCCACUUGGCGCUCACAAGCAAGAAUGUGAUCGAGGUGAUGUCGGCCGCCAGCUACCUUCAAAUGACCGACAUAGUGCAGGCGUGUCACGGCUUCAUCAAGGCGGCGCUAGACAUCAGCAUUCGCUCAGAGCUCGCAGAUGAACUAGCGGAUAUUGAGAUGGGCAACGUGGUGAGCUCUAUUGGAGGCGGGGCUGGGGCCGGUGUGGGCGGAGCCUCGGAGGCACUGGCGUCCAUGAUCUCGGCCCGCAGCUCCUCGCCGUGGUUGGCCAGGCGCACUAGCCCGGCAAAUUCAUCUGGAGACUCGGCCAUCGCUAGCUGCCAUGAAGGCGGUAGCAACUACGGCAAAGAGGACCAGGAACCCAAAAGCCAUGAGAGCCAGGAGGACGCUUGUUUGCAGCCCUUGUGGCCUGCUGAUUACCGCUCUGUCCAGGUCAAAGAGGAGCAGGUCUCCCCCUCCAAUCUGCAAGACGGGGCUGGCCGAGGGGCACAAGGCACGCCCGGAGAGCAAGGUGGAAGAGCAGAGGGGGGCUGGCAACCCCCUGGCUCGGGCCGGAGGAAGAACCGUAAGAACAAGGACACAGUCAGGCAUAUAACCCAGCAGAGUGAAGGGGACAGUCGGACCGCUUCGCCGUUACCGUCCAUGCUCUCCACCCCUGGCUGGAGCUACGCCAACCAGGACAUUCCAGGUGCAGAAGUGACGGAAGCCAACAUGUCGGACAGCCGCAGCGAGCGCAUGGACCUCCUGGUCAAGCAGGAGGAGGCCGGCGCGGGGGACAGCGUGUUUCUGUCCGGGGAGCGGGACGAGGCCGUGUCCCAGGAGAGAGGGGGAUCGGUGGCCAACCUGCGGGCCGCCCUCAUGAGCAAGAACAGCUUGCUGUCUCUGGGGGCAGAGAUGCUCGGAGAGGAUAACCCGCUUCUGUUCGAAUACCUGCCCAAGGGAGGACACUCUCUUUCCCUAAACGACUUCACAGUGAUCAGGAAGAAGUUUAAGUGCCCGUACUGCAGUUUUUCCGCCAUGCACCAGUGCAUCCUGAAGAGGCACAUGCGCUCGCACACGGGCGAGAGGCCGUAUCCCUGUGAGAUCUGCGGGAAGAAGUUCACGCGGAGGGAGCACAUGAAGCGCCACACGCUGGUGCACAGUAAGGACAAGAAGUACGUGUGUAAAGUAUGCAGUCGCGUCUUCAUGUCGGCCGCCAGCGUGGGCAUCAAACACGGCUCUCGACGCCACGGCGUCUGCGCGGACUGCUCGGGUCGAGGCAUGGCUGCCCUGCUGGACCAGAACGGCGAGGACGGCUCCCCAGAAGAGGAACUCUUGUAUCCCGGGGACCACCGUUUCCCUGAUGACACCGCCGACGGAGACGGGGAAGAGGAGAUGAUGGUGGAGGGCGAGCUGAUGGGAGAAGGCGAAGGCGAGGAGGAGAACGGGAAAUGGCGAGCCGGCUCAGGGAUGUCGCAGCGAGACGACAGAGCAAUAGACGAUGGCAAAGAGGAAAGUGACUCGGCUGUGGAAGGAGACGCCAGAGCGGGAAGCGAGAAAGACUUCAGUUGGAUCUCCUAGUCCAAUGCCUGAAUCCUAUUCCAAGGUCGACCACCUGUUCCUGUAAGGAGAUACGCUUAAGGUGAGGCACUCGGAUCUCAGUAUGUGGGAGGAGCCGGAUACAGAGAGAUCCUUGAGAUGCCCACAGGGCCGCCAAAGGAGAGACAAUGGAGAGCCUUCUCGCCCCGACUCCAUGUGCUUCUGACCCAGGCUUCAGUUUGUCUCCUUUCUUCCUUGAGGACCAAACGGGUUUCUGUGUAUGUGUUUGCUAUUUCUUCAGACAAAAGAGAUUGUGUUGUCUUGGGAGAUUGUCCAAAAUCAGUACCAUGCUUCGAUGGGUCAGACAGAAAAAGUGUACGAAAGAUGUGCUCUUGCCAUAUAGUCAGCUGCCACCAGGGGGCGCUGGCGAAUCUGUUGCGCAGCAGUUCACGUCAGAAGACUUGCACCAGUUUUUUGGCACAUUGUUGUUUUCUGCGAAGAGAAACUGCAACAGACUUGCACUUUAAACGUUGACUAGAUUCCUAUUGAUUCCCUGUUUCUGUGGUUUACAUUUUUAUUCCGAUUUACAUAGAUGAAUAUGGUGACCGCACCUACCUUUAAGGAUACGCAGUAUGUCCUUAUGACUGUUAUAUAUGAACAUUUGUGCUAGGUUUGCUAAUUAUUAUGUAUGCCUUGUAAUGUUUUAUUUGGUUGCAAUUUUCAUUCCUAAACAUUUCUAUCAAGGGGAAAAUCAUGUAUAUAGAUGCAUAUAAGUGAGAUGUUGAUUUUGUGUUUUCGACAAACGACGGUUGUGGGGAAGGUGAGUGAACACUAUGCAGAAACGAAUCUUUCUAGUUCAACAAUCUUUAUUCUCUCUAUUAUGGGAGAGAUAUCGAGUCUUCAGCAAUGGCGAAAGAGAGAGACUUGAGGAGAGAGAGAGUAUAUGAGUAGAUUUAAUAUAAUAUUUGCAUUCCAUAGUGGACACAGUCAGGGAUGGGUUUGGUUUUAUACAGAAGGUUUCCAGUGUGGCGUGUUUAUAAGACAAAAACAAAAAACAAAACCUGUAUGCAAAUGUGUGUAUUUUGUAGGUUUGGUGUGUGUGUGUGUGGGGGGGGGGUGUUAAACAUCAUUCAAAAGCCUUUACUAAAGCGCUUUCAGACUCUCUCCUCUCGUCCCUCUUUUACGUUUCCUCGCAGCCUUGCCAUUGUACUGUACUGAGUCUGCCUCCGAAAUCUUAAAGGGAUGUGAUGUGACGGAGAUAUCAUGCCUUCCCACUAAAUAUUUAUUGCUCUAACUUCUGGAAUAUUCAGAAAUAUGCAUCGAAUUCUUAAUCAGUGAACCACAGCUUUCUUUUGUUGUCAGUCUGUUUGAAAUGACGAAACACAAAGACGCUUUGUAAUGAGACCCUGGGGAUUGAUGUGUGCUGUAGUGAAAUUGCUGUUCACUUAUUGGGAUUAAAUGGUUAUUUAUUUAGUUUGUGUGUGUGAGAGAGAGAGAGAUUGUCUAGUCUUUUUACACAUCCUUACCAUUCUGUUUGACAUUUCUUUGUUUGUUUGUGUGUGUGGGACCGGGUUCAUGAAUGUCUUUUUAUUCAUUGUUUUAACAAUCUGUGCCAGAAUCUUCGACAAUGGGAAUAAAACGCUUUAUUAUGCUUUACUUGUUAUGAUUAACAAAUUUUAAUUAUUAUGGUUACUGUUGAUAUUGUUGUAAUUCUUAUUGUUAUUAUCAUUCUAAUUAUUGUUAUUAUUAUUAUUAUUAAGUGCUGGAGGCUAAGCUUUAUUAUCGGUUUCAUUUUUACUUUUACUUUCUUGAAAAACAGUGUAAAACUUUCCAAUCUUGCCUUUCUAUGGACAGCAAGCCAUGUGGCUUUCAGAAGUAAUUAUAUUGUGCCAGUUCCAUGCAUUUCUGAGUGAUAUUUGAGAUUUUUUUUUUCUCCUUAAUCUUAUUUUAUUUUUGAAGGAUGAUCCUUCUGAGAGCUUAACUUAAGUGUUGACAGAAAGGUAUAUACAGCAGCAAACGCUUCUAUAUUACUAAUACACUAAGUAAUGAA